AAUUCCAUCCCCCUUGUUUCCAUUCUUCGUGAAUGUUUGUCACGUACACACGAAACAACAAUAUACACCUGGAGUGAAAUUUCGACACCUAUUCAUAUGGUUGUGGAGGUUCGGACAAUUGCUGUCAUCUAAUAAGUCAUUUCGAUGCUAGUGACUGUUGUUUGUGUUGGGGCCUCUUAUUUUAUUUGGCAAAAUGAGGUGAAAAUUGGAGAAGUCUGACGAUUGGGAGGUUCUUCAAAUUUUUACUGGAGCUGAGGGAAUAAACGUUGACAAUGGUCCUUGGACGAAAUGAUAAACGAAAGAGGAAGGAGGGUGAUCUGGUGGAUCUCAUGGAUCCAGCAACAGCUGCUCCAAAAAGGGCGAAAGUCCACGCCCAGCGAAAAUUUGCACAGGGAGUAGCGACGAUAUUCUCCCCUGUGGCACCGCUGAUAAAAGACAAAGAGCGGCCGAAGCCAGGACUGGUAACCGAGCUGAUAACGCACAAGCGCCCAAACACCGAGGACUUCCUUACGUUCCUGUGCUUUCGUGGGACGUCAAUCCUCCCCCCAAGUCUGAACUUCUUCAACCAGUCCAAGAAAGAAAAAUCGGAACCGAAGGCCCCACGUCGAGUUCACCCAACCCCUUCCUCGACGGCCCGCGCCCCUCCGACUCCGAAUGCACCCGCAAAAACCGAGCGUGAAGAUCCAAAGACCCCAGCACCCUCAAAGCCAUUGACAGGGGUCCCCGUGACCAACAGCACCAAGAAAAAAUUUCCGACUGUGCUGCACAAGCCUGUGGCGGUGAACAAAUACAAGACAGCCACGUCAACCGUUCAAGCUUUGAAGAAGAAAUACAAAGAACAGAGACUGGCUAAACAGAGAAUAGAGAAGAAGCUGAAGACAUCUGUCAUGAGGACACGUUCCUCAGCAACUCGAGCCCUGCUGAAGUCCCCCCCAAAGUUAUCGUCAAACGCAAUUCUAAAGCAUCUGGAGAAGAAGAGCCUCUGCCUGAGGAGCAGUGGAUCGGUGGAGAAGGCAGCAAAGAUCAUUAAGCUGUCGCCGAAAGCCAAGAAGAAGCCCCUGAAGAAGAAGCUAGAAGAGAAGAGUGAAUCUAGUGAAGAUUCUGGUUCUGAGGACCAGUCAAACUCGAGGCGAGUCAAGUCAAAGCCCCCAGGGACCAGACAGACCACGAAAGAGGUGUCCAAGAAGGCUGGAAAGGUUAAAUUGGAGGCUGGGAGGAGGGUGACUCGAUCCCACCGAGAGCCAGUGCAGUCUCAAAACCAGAGACCCUCUAGGAAGACGAAAGAGGCUGCUGCUGUCUACAUGGAGAUUCUCAGUCGAAAGCUGGUGAGUCCUGACCUGGACCACGACGACAACAUGUCGGUGGAUAGUUUUCCAGAGGUGCCGAAUGCUCGACGAGAUUCAGCUGUCAAAAAGGCCCUGAACGAAAAGAGAAAAGCUCCCCAGGUGACAAAAAAGACUCAGGACGAGGAGAGGAAGAUUGCGGUGAAGAAAAAGAAUGCGAAGAACGCAAAGUACUCCGACAGCGAGGACAACGACUCUGUUGAAUCCGAGAAGAGCAAUCAGACCAGUGUGAAGACGAGGGCAAUAACACGAAGGACAUCAGUCGUUAAAUCGUUGGUUCGGAAUCUGCGAUCAGCUGGCAAAAGCCCAGACCAAAAAUUUAACAAGUUAACGACCAAAGUCCAGCAGGGGCCAAAAGCUGUAACCGCUCCCAAGGAGAAGAGGAAGCUGAAGCCCAAGCGAAAGAGUGAUGACGAAAAGUCCAACUCUGGAGAGAAGCCGAGGAGCAAAAAACUGCCGAAGAAACCUGAGCUGGAUGGGGAGUCAGAUGAGGAGCCUUUGGGAGCAGUCUUGAGUAGAAUAAGCAAGACGUCGAAGUCCUCGAAGGUCCAGACCAAGAGAUCUCCCCAGAAGUCCAACAAUUCAACCAAAAAAUUUCCCCCCGAACCUGUGAUAAUGAUCAAAAAGAUGAACAAAAUCUCCAUAACCCCGAAGUGCUCCGACGACGAGGGCUCCUUUCGGGGGUUUAGUAAGAAGUCAGUGAGAAACGUGUCGAGUCCUUGUUCACUGAAAAUGAACAAUGACGUCCCCAAAUCUGGAAAAACUGGAGAUAAUUGCGAGCAAGUGGAUAAAGUGAAGGAUUGUGAUAAAGGGAGUGGACAGACUGAUGGAUUAAUUCAAGAGAAAGUGAAGGGUGAUCCUGAGAAAUCGAGUAGCUCAACACCCGUGGAUGAUGGAGUUCAUCCUCAGAAGGAGACCUCGCAACUUCCAAUGACGAAGACACUAAUUCCUGCUCCCGCCAAGGAUGAGAAGAAUUUCCUGGACGUGCCAACGCUCCAGUCGAUGGGCCGCAAGGAGCGAGUGAACAUGUCGACCGAGCAGAUCGAGAAGUGGCUGAACGAGAGUUCAAUGGUGAAAGAGGAGAGCAAGGCUGAGAUGGAAACUGUGAUUAAUUUUUCCUAUGGGAUUGAGCCGGAGAAGCCCAAGCUGAUAGUCCCAACAGUUCCAAAAAUCAUCACUCCUAGUCCCCACAAUUCCUGUCACCUCUCGAUCCCUACAAGGAUCCAGCAUCUGGUGCGUCCGGUGAACGUGGCAAUUGCGAAGAUCGCUGAAAGACAAUUGAACAGUGAUGGGAGUGGAAACAAUCAGAAGGGCCUAAAGGCAGACAGUAUCAUCUUCUCGAGCACUGGGAUAGCGACAGCAAAGACCCCCAGCAUCCCCACGAACAGGAACAAGAUAAACGCUGACAUCAAGGAGAUCAUAAAGGGGAGGACAGUGAAGGGAUUGGAGAUUCAGGAGAAAGGCAAUCAAGUCGUAGAAAUUGAGGAGUCUGAGGUGAACAGUGCCAAGGUGGCCAGUGACAACGAGACUAUCACGACCCCAUCCCCCAAUGAUAAGAAGAAGAGUCAGACCCAGGGACGUAAGCCAUUUGUCUCAAAGGUGAGAGAACGAAAGGUUUCCAUUCCGAAUUCGAAUGCCUUCUCACCAGAGGAUGAGAGCAGUGUUUACGCUUUUAAGAACGAGACAGAAACGCCGAUUAACACGCCUUUCAGGCGAAAAAUCCGGGAGACGAUGAACGAAGUGAAGAAAUCAGACAUUGAUAAGAUGAAUGAUAAGACAGUUGUUGCUACUGAAAGUCUGGAUAAACCGAUUGGAGUCAAGCCAAAGCCACCAGAUGCUCCUCUUAUCAAGAACAUGCCAUCGAUAUGGAAUAACGACAGCUGUUCCACCUCCAUCGCAGUUCAGAUUAACUUCAAUGACCCCCAGGAUCCCCAGACGAUGAACACAUCGUUCUAUCCCCUUCAGUCUCGUCAGAACGGUUGCAAGAAUCCCGAGAACACCAGCAACGAAAUCUCCACCCAGACAGAGAACUCAAACUCAAACGAGGACGAGAGCAACACGACGCAAGUGUUCUACAUUCCCCUGGAGAACGUCGGAAGGAACAUGUCUCAGUUCACGAGUCUCCAAGGACAACCGUUGAUUCAAGGAGUAGCUGUUAAACUCGGAACAGAGGGCCCUAAUGGUCCCAACCAGCGAGUGCUGCUGCGAGCGCAGUUAGUGACGAAGCCACCGUUGACAGUCACCAGGUGUCCACCCAUUGGAACUGUUCAGCCAACGACGAGGGCCCCCCAGGGAACACUGGCUCCCGUGCCAUCGACAUCAGCCACUGUUUCCCCAGCUUCUCCAAUUAAAGUGGAUAAAAAAAUACCUGGCAAAUCGGUAUCAGCUGAUCCUGAGACCCCAGAGAAAAUGAAGAAGCCAGUGACGAAGGCUGUGGCUCGCGAGCCAAAGAAGAAGUCCGCAGAGGGAGGGAAGAAAUCGGAGAAUCAGAAGCGCCAGGAGAAGAGAACGAAGAAGACCUCGACUUCCAAUGAGACUGAAUCCCUGUCGUCGACGCAGAGUGGAUCUCUCGGGGCUUCGGUGAUUAGCGAGGGGUCGGAGGCUCGUCUGGCAGAUGCUCCUACCUUUCAUCCGACUGAGAAGGACUUCCAGGAUCCCCUGGAGUACAUUGAGAAGAUUCGCCCUCUUGCCGAGAAAUACGGCAUCUGCAAAGUGGUGCCUCCAUCAAAUUUUAAACCUGAAUGCAAGGUGUCUGAUGACAUGAGGUUCACUGCUUACAAUCAGUACAUUCACAGGAUGCUGCAUCGCUGGGGGCCUAAUGUCAAGGAGAUGAUGGCGAUAAAGAAAUAUCUGGCAACUCAAUCGAUAACACUGUCACAGCCACCGUGGAUUGGGGGAAUGGAGGUGGACCUGCCGCAUUUGUAUCAGACUGUCCAGAGUCUCGGUGGCCUUAAGGAGGUCAUCGAGAAGAAAAAGUGGCAGAAGGUCGCGGAUGGCAUGAAGAUUCCUAAAUCCGCGCAGGAUAGGGUGACGAAGCUCGAUGAUAUUUACUGCAAAUAUCUUCUUCCUUAUGACACACUCAGCACUGAAGAACGAGAGAAACUUUUUGAGGACGUAGAGACUGAGUGGAGAAGGAGGGAGAGCAAGGCUCUGGAAAGGCUGAACGACUCCACCACUUCUUUAUCGUCUGUCGACACCAGCAAUAAUGAGGAAGAAGAAGAUGAGGACAGCUCUGAUGAUACGGAGGAGUGCAUUGUCAAGGGCAGGAAUAUGCCGCUCAAUGCGUUCUACAGGAUCGCCAGGAACACCCAGAGAAUGUGGUUCGGGGAGAGCAAUCAGAGGAAUCAGGGGAAUGAGAGCGAGGCGUCCUCCGGGGAAGUGGAGAACGCUUUCUGGAGGCAUGUGUCCGAGAGGAAGAGGCAUGUCUGUGUUCAUGCUGCUAGUAUUGAUUCUAGUGGACGUGGGUUCGGAUUCUCUGUCGCCAAGAAUAGCCCUUUCGCCAGGCAUCCUUGGAAUUUGAAGGUAUUGACAAAUAAUUCGGGAUCAGUUCUGCGAGCCCUAGGGCCCCUCAUGGGUGUGACAAUCCCCACAAUCCACGUGGGGAUGCUCUUCAGUGCUUGUUGCUGGUACAGAGACCCCCACGGUCUUCCCUGGAUCGAGUACCUCCACACAGGAGCGAAAAAAAUUUGGUAUGGAAUACCAAAUGAGCUAAAUGAUAACUUCAGAGAGGCUCUUUCGAAAAUGGUACCCAGGUUCUGCAAGAAUAAGAAAAUCUGGCUGCCAAGUGACACUGCCAUGGUUCCACCUGAGAUGCUGGUCUCCAAUGGUGUUCCCCUUUGCCGGACUGUCCAAGAACCCGGGCAGUUUAUCAUCGUUUUCCCGAAGGCCUUCACCUCCAGCAUUUGCACGGGGUACGUGGUGUCGGAGAGCGUUUACUUCGCCCAGACAACUUGGCUGGAGAAUGCUGAGGAGAUUUUCAAGGAUCUGCAAGACAGCUGUGAACCCUCCAUGUUCUCAUUCGAGAGAUUAAUGUUCAGUAUUAUCAAUGACUCCAGGUCGCAUAUUGAUAUUUUGAAACAGAUACUGCCAGUUAUGAUAAAGAUAAGAGAAAAAGAGCUGCACUAUCGUCAGCAAUUGGAGUGCUAUGGUUUAUCGAAGAAGGAGAAAUUACCACUGCCAGAUAAUGGCAAACGAAAGAAAGCUGUCAAAGUGAAGGAUGACGACGGAGAUUUUGAGUGUGAAACAUGCCGGAUGAAUCUCUUCGUUUCACUUAUGAAUAAUUCACAGGACGACAGCACCUAUUGUCUCCCCCACGCUUUGCAAUUAAUUGUGCAUAAGAAGCAGGUUUUGAAACACUGUACUUUGAAGUACACAUAUAGUGAGGAUGAACUAGACGAUCUCAUCCACAAAUUAGAAGACAGAAUCGAGGCAAAAUCAAAGAAAAAAUCAUCGAAACAGUCAGAAUAAGGGCCCACUCACCCCGAGUUUGCAAUUAAUAAGUCUAGAGGCACAAGGAAAAAUUGUAUCCUCAAAAUUUCCACAUCACAUAUAUUAAGUGCCAAAUGUCAUAAUAAUUUCCCAUCGCAUCAGCCUUAAUUUAAACCUAGAUUAAUUAAAGCGCAUUAAUUAGUGUACAAUAAUGAACAUAGAAGAGUUUACUUACAUUAUUUAUCGGCAAUUAGUCGUGGUUACUACCACCAAUGAUAUUUAAUCAAUUUUACCAUUGAGUUAAGGAAAAGUCAGUGGUAUAAGAGACGUAAUUCGUUUAUUUAAUUACACAUUUUACAUACAUACUUUGAAUGCAUUGACCAAUGAAUUAGAUAAAAAUUAUGGACGAGUGAUCGAACGAUCAUCGGUGGUUACAGAAGAAAAAAAAAUGACAAAAAUUUCUUCGAUGACUAUUUCGAAAAAACAUGAACAUUUGUGCGUAAUUCAAUGAUAAAUUACAAAAUAGAAAAUAAAUGCUCUUGAUUCUUAUUCGAGCAAUGGAAGGCUUUUAUACAUAAUUAUUAAAUGGAUACAGUGGUACGAGCAAUUGACAAAAAGCAACUACAUACGUAUACAAAUUACUCAAACAAUAACAAAAUAAAUAUCCGUUAGUGGAAUGAUAAAGCAAACUCCUAUGACUGUUCUCUUCGUUGCAAUAUAUCAAAAAGUACAUCACUGUUAUUGUCCUUGUCCUUGAAAUCAUCCUCAUCGUCUGUACUGAAAUUAGAACUCAGCAGAUUCGUCAGAGAUGUUGAUUUUUCAUUCAGCAAUGGCACAUUUGUUCCACCCGUAUCAUCGAAUGUUGAGGUAUUGCUUGUGACUGAAUUGGAAUGUAACUCGAGAUUGUCAGACAUUUGUUUCUUAUGAAGUAGAAUUUUUUGUAUCACGUGAAGGGUUAUGCCGCCGAGACACACCAAUAGACCUAUUGCAUUCAGGCCACUCAUCUCAUCGCCUUUAAAUUCAACAGCUAAUACGACGGUACACAAUUCCUGUAUUGAAAAAGUGAAAAUAGAGCAUUAUAUAUAGUA